CUUCGAUCAGUCGCGAGAUCAGAUCAUACAAGCAACGUCCUUCAGAAGCGGUAACAUUACUCAACGCACGCUGUGCUCCUGAUAGACUUAAAAGUCACCAAAGACAACAAUCAUGCAGAUCUUCGUAAAGAUGCUGACUGGCAAGACCAUUGCCGUGGACACUGAACCUGAGGACACGGUCGAAAGUGUUAAGAAACAGAUCGAUGAACGUGAGGAAAUCCCUCCGAACCAACAGCGCAUGAUCUUUGCCGGUAAACAGUUGGAAGAUGGACGCCAGCUACAGGAAUACAGCAUCAUCAAAGGUUCUACGAUCCACUUGGUGUUGCGUCUGAAGGGUGGCAUGCAGAUUUUCGUGAAGAUGCUGACUGGCAAGACCAUUGCCGUGGACACUGAACCUGAGGACACGGUCGAAAGUGUUAAGAAACAGAUCGAUGAACGUGAGGAAAUCCCUCCGAACCAACAGCGCAUGAUCUUUGCCGGUAAACAGUUGGAAGAUGGACGCCAGCUACAGGAGUACAGCAUCAUCAAAGGUUCUACGAUUCACUUGGUGUUGCGUCUGAAGGGUGGCAUGCAGAUUUUCGUGAAGAUGCUGACUGGCAAGACCAUUGCCGUGGACACUGAACCUGAGGAUACGGUCGAAAGUGUUAAGAAACAGAUCGAUGAACGUGAGGAAAUCCCUCCGAACCAACAGCGGAUGAUCUUUGCCGGCAAACAGUUGGAAGAUGGACGCCAGCUACAGGAGUACAGCAUCAUCAAAGGUUCUACGAUUCACUUGGUGUUGCGUCUGAAGGGUGGCAUGCAGAUUUUCGUGAAGAUGCUGACUGGCAAGACCAUUGCCGUGGACACUGAACCUGAGGAUACGGUCGAAAGUGUUAAGAAACAGAUCGAUGAACGUGAGGAAAUCCCUCCGAACCAACAGCGGAUGAUCUUUGCCGGCAAACAGUUGGAAGAUGGACGCCAGCUACAGGAGUACAGCAUCAUCAAAGGUUCUACGAUUCACUUGGUGUUGCGUCUGAAGGGUGGCAUGCAGAUUUUCGUGAAGAUGCUGACUGGCAAGACCAUUGCCGUGGACACUGAACCUGAGGAUACGGUCGAAAGUGUUAAGAAACAGAUCGAUGAACGUGAGGAAAUCCCUCCGAACCAACAGCGCAUGAUCUUUGCCGGCAAACAGUUGGAGGAUGGCCGUCAACUGCAGGAGUACAGUAUCAUAAAGGGGUCUACCGUUCACCUUGUUUUGCGACUGAAGGGAGGAGAACAAUAAUUAGUUGAAAAAAUAAUUCAGAUUGCUGCCAACUGCUCUUGCCUUAUACCGGAUGAGAUGUCCUCAAACCCAAGCUGCCAAUAAUUAAGAAGGCUGGCUUUAAUGAUAACUGUAAAUGCCAACCUAGGAAUCUCUACUGCCCGAUCAUUGUAAAUGGAAUGACUGUACGUAAUCGAAAAAGUCUGACUAGACUUAAUUAAAAGCCAGUAGAUUUGAAAGCAAUAAACUUCAACUCUGGCUGUUUGAAAACACCAAGAAGCAGAAUUAAAUUGUGUUUGUUUUUUAAUAAAUUUGAAUUUUAAAAUAAAAAGAUAAAAAAAUUUA